AUAGAUAGAGGAAGAUGUAGGAACUGAACUCAUAUUCAUCAGUCAUCAUGUUUUCUUUCGUAUUCAUUAAUAUAUAAUCUGUAGGAAUUCAACUAAUAUAAUCUGAUCACAAUAUAUUCUAAAAAAGUUCUCUUUUCUUUCAUUUUUCUGUAGGUGUUCAACUAAUAGUUCAAGUUCGGCUGAAAAAACCCUAGUUAUGGACUCAUUACCAGAUUCUAUAUUAAAUGACUUGAGAAAAGUUGAGGAGAUAUUAACAAAAAUAGAUGAGAAUCAAACUCAAAGUGGUUACAGUUUAGAACAUGUUUUAAACAACUCUGAUAACAUAAACAUGAGAAGUGAAAUGAUGAAAUUUGUUAGAAAUGUUAGUUUACAAUGUUUAAAUGUAUUUCCACAUGACCAUAUUUUAAAAGAAGCUGCACUUGUUGCUGAAGAGAUUUCAAACACAAAAAUGAACUCCUCUAGUGUUGCUAUUACUCCAUGUAAGACAUUGGCAAAAAGCCUCUUGAAAAGCAAUCAUCAGGAUGUACAUUUACGUGGUGUUUAUGCAAGAAGAGAAGCUGCAUUUGGGAAUAUAGAAUAUGCAAGAAAAGUAUUUGACAUGGCAUUAUUAUCCAUUGAAGGGCUUCCAUGGGAUCCCAAAUCAAACGCCUCACUUUUAUUCUUUUGUCAAUUCAAAAGUCAACCAUCAAGUUUACAGCUGUUAAGGGCACGUCAGGGAUUUAAAGAACAAAUAAGGGUAAUUCAGGAAACAUGGAUACAUGGGAGUAUUAAUGAAAAUUCUGUUGCUUCUAUUUGUUGUGCUUCAUUAUUUGAAGAGUUGACUUCUGGAUUGGAAUAUGGAAUAGAAAUUUUAAAUCAAUCUCUUUCCAUGGUGCUUCCAGAAAGGAGAAGAAAAAUUCAUCAACUUGAAUUACUAUUCAACUAUUAUAUACAAAUGCUAUGGAAGCAUCAUUCAGAAGUAGAGCUUGCAAAUAUUUGGAAUAUUUUGGUGCAAGAAUUACAGAUAUACCCCUUCAAUCCCAAACUCUAUAAUACAAUUAUUCAAAUUGGACAUCUUCAUACUUCCCCUAGUAAGCUUCGAUGGAUCAUUGAUGAUUACUUACACAAGAAACCAUCAGUGAGUGUUUAUCUGUUUGCAUUAUCAUAUGAGAUUAGAAAAGGAAGCUCUCAUCAUAGAGUACAUAGAAUCUUUGAAAGAGCAUUGGGUGAUAACAUGUUGAAAAGCUGUGAACUGAACUCGGAGUCGGUUAUACCUGGAGGUUUCCUCGAAUGGAAAGAGACCAUGGAUUCUUGGGGUUCCAAAAUGAUAUCUGCUAUAAAGGGUCUGCAUUUUGUUGCUCCAACAGGGAGUAACCUUGAAUGCCAUGGGAAAGAGGGUACUGUGUUUGUAGGAUAA